UAUAACUCACCUGUUCCCAGGUGAGAGUCUCUUUCUGAAGAGCAAGAGAUAGAAACUGCAGACAAUAACUAAUAGCUGCUGUAGAAAAACAAUCUCAAUAUUUUGAGAGCCAACAAUGGAGCCCCCCAGCAAUGAAGCAAUAGAGCAAGGGAAUUGUGCUUCUGAAAAUGAAUCGGGCAUCCUUGCCGUAGUCCAGAAGACUUUCCAAUGCCUGGAAUGUGGGAAAAACUUCCAAAGGGCCCCCAGCCUGUUGACUCACCAAAGAAUCCACACGGGCGAAAAGCCAUACCAGUGCUCCAAUUGUGGGAAAAGCUUUAGUCAGCGGUCAAGCCUGACCAUUCACCUGCGAAUCCACACAGGGGAGACUCCAUACAGCUGUCCUCAGUGUGGGAGAUGUUUCCGACAGAGCUCAAACCUGCUGAAACACGAGCAGCUCCACGCUGGGGUGAAGCCUCACCUGUGUGCCGAAUGUGGCAAGCGUUUUGCUCAGCGCUCAAACCUUCUCAUUCACCAGAGGAUCCAUACUGGGGAGAUGCCUUACCUCUGUUCCGAAUGUGGGCAGACUUUCAGGCAGCACCGGAGUCUGCUUAUCCACCAGAGGUUUCAUAGAGGAUAUCUGUCUUCAGGUUUCAACUGCCCCGAGUGUGGGAAAAGUUUCAUGCAAAGCUCCGACCUGGUGAAACACCUGAGAAUCCACACUGGGGAGAUGCCCUACAGUUGCCUACACUGCGGGAAAAACUUCCGCUAUGUCUCCAACCUCAACCGGCACAACAGAACCCACACGGGGGAAAAGCCGCACGCUUGCCGGCAAUGUGGUGAAUGCUUCAGCCACUUGUCCAGCCGAAACAUGCACGAGAGGAUCCACACGGGCGAGAGGCCCUACGGUUGUGCCGAAUGUGGAAAGAUGUUCAUUUCCAGCUCGAAGCUCGCACGGCACCUGAGAACCCAUGCCGAUCAAGUGUCCUAUAUAUGCUCAAACUGUGGGGAAAGCUUUAGUCAGUACUCACACCUUCUGAAACACAGACGGCUCCACAAAGCUCGGAGCUCCAGCUCAAAAAGAAAAGGGACGUGAAUGACAAACCGGUUGGAUUGAGAUGAGCUUUGUGGAUCAACCAGCAGGACUCGGGAUGGCCAAUGGGACUGAAGGCCAAAUGAAUCCAGAUUGAGUUGAAAUUGAAGGACCGCAUCACUGCUGACUCUUUAUGCUUAAAAAGCUGAAGUGUCGAUUAUAUGGAGAGAGAAAUCCAGUAAUAAAAUUCUUUUGUUUCCUCCUUUUUUCAA